GUUUUAAAACAGAAGCUAGCUUUGCUAAUGUUUAAUAAACAAUUUGAUGAGGAAUAUUUUUUUCUGAAACCAAAACAAAUUGACUGUUUAAAGGCAAUUCAGGAAAAAGACACAGUGGCAAUCCUUCCAACAGGAUAUGGCAAAUCCCUAAUAUUUGAGCUACUUCCACAUUUUUCGAAGUGUGUUUGUGAUAACAAAUCUAUUGUCAUUAUCAUUGCACCUCUAAAUGCUAUAAUUGAACAAGAAUUGAGCAAAUUAGGUUCAUAUGUCUGUCAGGUUUUAAAAACUGAACCUGUGAAGUUUACUGGUAUUACUCAUUUCAUUGGACACCCAGAGGAUAUCCUGUUUCAUGCUGAAAGUUUGGGCAGAAUUGGAAAAACAGUUGGAAAAGUUUUUGUGGUUGUCGACGAGUCCCAUUGUAUUUUGGACUGGGGAGAAGACUUUAGACCUGACUUUAGACUUAUAUGUGAGCUAAGGCCUCAUCUUCCUAAGGGAAUGAAGAUGCUUGCAAUAACAGCAACAGCAAGUAAGCAUUCACAAAAAGAAAUUGCAAGUCUGCUAGGAAUGAAGGACUACAACGAAUUAAAUACAACCCCUGUACUAAAUGACAAUGUAAAACUCGCUGUCCAAGAAAGGAUUCCAUCUACAGGUGGGUGCAAUACAGUGCAGGAGGCUUACAAUUUUGUGUUCAAACCACUGUUGCUUCAACUGUAUUCUGAAGAGGAGGAUUUUCCCUUAACAGUGGUUUACUGCAAACUUCAGUGGUGUGGAUGUGCAAUAGAACUUGCGAAAAGACUCUUAGGUCCAGUCUACAGAUCAAGCUGUGCAAAUGCAAGAGUAGUGCAGUAUCAUGCCAAGCAGCCACAUGAUCUUAACACAUCAAUAGUUAAUACACUAUCCAAAAGUGAUUCACCCAUUAGACUAGUAUUUGCAACAAUUGCACUAGGAAUGGGUUGUGAUCUUAGACACAUCAAAAGAAUCAUACAUGCAGGCCCGCCCAGUUCACUUGAAGUUUACACACAAGAAGUCGGCCGUGCUUGGAGGGAUGGCUCGAAAGCAGAAGCAAUUCUCUGUUAUAAUGGAACAGAUCUUGCUCAACGACAUGUUGACAGAUCUGUGAAAGAAUACUGCAAAGAAAGAAAAUCCUGCAGGAGAGCAUUUAUCUCAUCCUACUUUGAUUCUACGGUGUCAGUUCCAGACCAGGAUUGCUGCGAUGUUUGUGAUACUUCGAAUUCCUGUUCACAAGUCUUAAAGUCUAGAGAUGAUUUGAAAAUACCAACACUAACCAAAAGACAGCAACUGUUCGACAUUUUAAAUGCCUAUAGGUUAAGUGACAUGUCAGGGGAUUGUCAAAAUCAUUUGAAUGAACAUGUUAUUCAUAUCAUCACUGAUACAUUUGAAUAUGUUGAAACAGUUGAACAGAUUUCAAAGUAUUUCAAGCAACCAGAAAACAUUGCUCAAUCAGUUCAUGCUAUUAAAAGUCACGUAUUGUCUAUGUUAUAAAACUUAUCAUCUAAAUGUAUGAUUCGCUUCUAAUAAAAAGGAUAAAUGAUUUUAUCGUCUCUAAGUUUGGUCCAAACUGGAACAACAUAUAAAUGUACCAUAUGUACGGUUUAGAUUGAUUAAAGAAAAUAAUCAUUACAAGUGAAAUCUGCU